AACCCUUCGGGGGCGAUGUGCAGCGGCAGAGCCGGGCGGGGGCUCAGCUCCAUGGGUACCCCGGGACCGAGAGGUGCUCGGACCGUGCGGGAUGCGGCCCUGGGAUGCGCGCGGUGCCGCUGGGAGGGAGCAGGGGGACGGGACCGCGGCGGCGCGCGCGCUGCCUUCAUCCCCCCUUCCUCCUCCUCCUGCUCUCUUCCUCCUCCUCCUCCGGGAGCGCGCUCGCCCAGCCGGGAGCGAGCAGCCGGCGGGAGGAUGCUGCAAACGGCGGCGGAGGCGGGCGGCUGGGCAGGCAUGAAGCGACCCCUGAGCCCAUCCCACAGCCCUGAGAGCGGUUUGCGGCUGGUGGAGGUGACCAGCUGCCCACCUGGCCCGCCUGAGCAGCGCACGAAGCGGGAGAAGAAGCACCAAUCGUUCACACUCUGCGAGGUCUGCAACAUCCAGCUGAACUCAGCCGCGCAGGCGCAGAUCCACUACAACGGAAAGUCCCACCAGAAGCGCCUCAAGCAGCUCAACAAGGGCAAGAUGCCGGCGGCACAAGGUCCCUCCGGACACAGCAGCCCCCUCCUCGCAUCGCUGCCGAUCCCCGGGCGGCCGCUGCACUCCCCGCUGGACAUCAAACACUUCCUGACCUUCCGCCUCAACGGGACGUCCCCGCUCAACCUCUUCCCCAACUUCAACACGAUGGACCCGGUGCAGAAGGCCGUGAUCAGCCACACCUUUGGGGUGCCCGCCCCGCUCAAGAAGAAGCAGUUCAUCUCCUGCAACAUCUGCCACCUGCGCUUCAACUCUGCGAACCAGGCAGAAGCCCACUACAAAGGCCAUAAGCACGCCCGGAGGCUGAAAGCCAUCGAGGCCAUGAAGAGCAAGCAGAAGGCAGUGGGGGCCGUGGGCAGGGACAGCACGGCCGACUUCACCCCCGGUCUGGAGGGUGAUGAGGAUCCCAGCAGUGCAGCCCCCCCCAGCGACCCCAAGGAGACGGAUGGCGACGGCCCCGACGUGGCGCUGCCGCCCGGCUCCGAGCAGCCGCCCGCAGAGCUGCCGGGCAGUGCCGCCCCGCUGGGCUCCCCGCCGCCCUCCGAGCUGUCCGAGGCCGCGUCCGACGCCGCCAGCAUCACCUCCUCGGCCGCGCACGGAGCGGAGGCGCAGACGGCCGAGUCGGGCAGCAGCAGCGGCUCAGCGCCCGACGGCGAGAAGGAGGGCAGGAAGGGCAAACAGCACCUGUACUGCCCCACGUGCAAGGUGACCGUCAACUCGUUGUCCCAGCUGGAGGCUCACAACACGGGCGCCAAGCACAAGUCCAUGCUGGAAGGACACAGCGCCCAGCUGCGGCGUGGCCGGGGGAAGCUGCUGGCCCGGGCAGGGCACAAAGCCAAGAGAAUCGGCAACAAAGGCAGCAUCAACAUCCAGAACAAGGCGUUCCACUGCCAAGUGUGCGAGAUCUACGUGAACUCGGAGACCCAACUCAAACAGCACAUGAGCAGCCGGAGGCACAAAGACAGGCUGGCCGGGAAGCCGCCCAAGCCCAAGUACAGCCCCUACAACAAGCUGCAGAAGAACGCUGCCCUCGCAGUGAGUAUUCUCAAGUCCAAGCUGGCUCUGCAGAAGCACCUCACCAAAGCGCUGGCGACGCGCUUCCUGCCCAGCCCGCUCACCACGGCUGUGUGUGCCAUGCCUGGGCCUCUUGCCCUGCGCCCGGCCGCUGCCACCACGCUCUUCCAAGCCCCGAUCCUCGGACCAGCCCUAUUCCGAACGCCGCCGGCCCACGUCCGCACCACGCCGGGCCCCAUCGUCUUCGCACCCUAUUAGAGCCGCUCGCCGGGGUCCAUCGGCCGUGCCAUGGGGCCGCUCGGGACACUGACUGCUCUCCUGGCUGAUGGGAAACCGUAGCAGUAGGCAUCGACCCAGGCUUCCCCUUUGCUUCCAGCUGGCUCCUGUUGGUGCACAACACGCUGCUGGAGCCCAGCCAGCCCCACUGUGCCCCCUCCUGCCGCUCCCCUGCCCACGCCGGCCCCGCAGGGGUUGGGCCGCGUGGGGUGAGGAUGGUGCUGGAGCCACCAGGACCUCGCUGUGCUGCUUGUCUGCCUCCCGGUUCCCACACUGGGAGGAGAGGAGCUGGCUGGUCCCUCGGGGAUGGAGCAGCCCUGGUCCCCGCUGGUCUCAGCUGUCCCACGCCAAAGAGCCGUCGGCCGCGGUGGUCACAUCCUCACUCUGAGAGCAAUAGGCAAAGCCUGGGACUCGCUCCUCUGCCCUCUGAAAGCACACAGCCUUUCUCCCAGGCACCCCGAGAAGCACAGAAUUUGGGCACAGGCUCUGCUCCCAUCUGGUUUGCGCUCCCUGAGGUGGGAAGGAGGGGACACUGCUCUGAGCCCUGCUUGGCGCCAGCUGUUUGCCUCCAUCCCACCCCCGGGGGGACAAUCCUGCCCCUACCUCAGGGGAGAUGCCGCGAGGCUGCGUGAACAUCCCCAAGGCACUUUUGGUUCUCCAGAGGAAGGCACUGUCGUUGCUCGCCGUCCACCCCAUCCCCAUUAGGAGCUUCCAAGGAGUUUGUGACUCCGCCAAGCGAAGGCGUCCCGGCAGCCCAGACAAUCAGGGAGGAAGGAGUAGACACCGCCAGCCUCCCUCGGAUGCUCUCUUUUCACUGUGCUCAGAAGAUCCAGCGAGGACCUGGUCUGAAAACUGUACCCGCAGCUCUCUGCGUUCCCAGUGCUGCUGUGAAUAGAAACCUGCAGGAAAGUCGCAACCCAAAUGGACCUCACGCUGGAGUGACGACCCACCCCGAUCUAUGCAAUCCCACGGGAGCGGCCGGCUCGUUGUUUGCUGUCUACGUUUUUGGUGCUCAGUCUGUAGGGCUGGGGGUGUUGUUUGGAGCAGAUAGGACACAAAGCAACACUCAGCUCUGUGCAGGUGGCUCCUCUGCCGUGCUGUCCCCUCCCAUCCCCAGGCUGGCUGCGGGCUCAGAGACCUCUGCAGGCAUCCCGGCACGAGGCCGUGUUUUUGCCCAGCCCUUGGGAUGAGGUGGUUUUGCACAUCUGGGAAUCCACACGCACAAACGCACAUAUCUGACAUCUUGGCCAUAAGCAACACGUGGAUUUCAGGAGGAUUUUGCCCAGUGCGCACCACCGAUGCUCAGGAUGAAGUCUUGGAGGUGUCCGGGGACCUGCUGCCACCUAAUGCUUCUGUUCCCAGAGCUGGGAACCUCAGGUGACAGCAGGGACUGCUGCAUGGAGGGAGCAGCUCCUGGGUCCCGCUGGCACAGAGCUCAUCUCCCACGUCUGGAGGGCACUCUGCUCACACCAUGGGCAGUGCUGACCCGUGGAGUGCUGCUGUUGUGUUCCCCGUGCAGAAGAGUACAAAGAAGCAUCUGGGUAUGGAUUUAUCUGCUCAGGGCAUCUCCCUCUACCUCAGGGAGGGAAGGGGAGAGAGGGCACCAGGGGAGGGGGGAUCAUGUAUGGAAAGAUCAGAGUAGACACGAGGUCCUGAGGCGGUGGGGAGACCUGCUUAGGAGAGCAGCUGAGGGUAGAAGGCUCCUGCAGCAGUGACAUGGAGUGGGGCUCACCAGCCUUGGGGACACGUGUGGCCCAGACCAAGAGACAACCCCGCAUCCCCCAGGACAGGAUCCUGCGCUGGUGGGGGCCCACGGGCAGCAGGAGGAUGUGGCUCUGACAGCAUCUCGAUGCCUAGCAGCCUGCAGCCACCCAGGCCCUCGCCAUACCCAUCUCACUGUGCUCUUCUCCAGGCCUCCUCUCAGCUCUGGCUGCAGCAGAGGGCAGCGCAUCUCCCCCUGCACGCACACACCAGCCCCGGAGCGCAGGGAGUGGGCAGCUGUGGCUGCUGCAGCCUGCAGGAGCAGCCGGGCACCACUGGGUUGUUUCCCCUGCAUUUUGUUCUAAAAAGCCUGUGCUGGAGCCAGCAGAGGCUGCUCCUGUCACCCCUCCACCAAUGGAGUCCUGAAACACUCCUACACUUGGCACUUUAACCCUUGAAAGCCAUUCCUUCUAAUAACAAUAAUACUGCAAUGAGCUGCAUAAGAACAUCCUGCCUCUAUCGCAUCCCCUUUGCCUCCAGAGACCCCUCCUUGCUCCCAUGCAAUCCAAAGCAUUUACUGCCUUUGACUUAGCAUAUGCUGUACUAGAUCGUAGGGCAUAGUCCAUAGCGCUCAGUAAGGCGUGCCCCUCUGUAAAUAACCUCAGAGUGAUGUGAACAGUUUGAUUCCAAAAAAAAAAAAAAACAAAAAAAAACCACAGAAAAAUGGAA